AUGAACAGUGCACUACCAACAACGAACUCGCCAUCCAAGCCCCCCAAGUACCCGACCAUCGCAAGGUCGCACAGCUCUGUUGGUUCAGCGGUGGCGGAACUCAACGACAGCGAGGAUCUGUACCUUCCGUGCGUCGUGGGUACUAGUGGUGGCAGUGCAACCCCCCAAGGACCGGCGCAACCGUCGUCGAUCCCUCUGCAACCUGACCGUUGCUUGAGGGUGGUAUCCCCAUCGUCGGACCAGAAGCAGCAACCAAAUCGGAAGUCAUACAGCGACAUCGAACCUGCUGGCGACGGCUAUCCGAAGGAGAAAGAUGCAAAUGCCGUUGCGGUGUGGCGAGAUCCGACAGCUAAUCCGAUCCGUUCCAGUAGUAGUAGCAGUGAUGUGGUGGUGGCACUACCGGAAAAUUCCACCGUUGAUCGGCGAAUGUCGCUCAGCAGGUGGCGUGACCCAGGCGGUGGUCCCAGGGCCACCAUCCCACGUACCGCGAUACCGGCAGCCGGUGCUGCCCUGUUGAGAUCGCUGCAAUCGAGAAUCGCUGCUGGCAAUGGUGGUGGUGGUGGGUACAGCGGCAAUCCUUCAUCGGCCGAGUACUCCUACGUUUAUUGUGACCCAGUUCAGAUGCAGCAGCAGCAACAGGAGCAGCUGCAGCAUCAUCACCAUCAUCAUCACCAUCACCACCAUCAUCAUCAUCACCAUCAGCAGCAGCAGCAGCAGCGGCGGCAACAACAUCAGCAGCGGCAAGGACGGCUCUCAAACCUGAGCAGCAUUGGCAGCGCGGAUGGCGUAGCCCAGCUCCUGUCAAGUGCUCAUUCUCCGCCUGCGCUGCCAUCGUCCGAUGCAGCGUACUGUGAGCCGCUGUACGACGAGCAGCAGCGGCGAAAUCAAUCACCAUCGCCAAUACCAUUGCCACUGCCACCACCACCACCGUUGCCUUCUCAACAAUCAUCAGUGAACCGUCCCCAGCUGCCACCGCCGUCCUCCGUCCACUACCAGUCGACUGUGGUGCAACAGUCGUCGCAAUAUUAUCCACAGAAUUCGGCCCGACAGCAGCAGCAUCACUACACCUAUAAUGAACACCACCACCAUAACUACCCCCUAACAUCAAUGGGCGGUAAUGGAAAGGGGACGGCGGUGGCAUCGUCGGUAUCGAGCCGUACGAAACCGCCAGGUUCAUUGCGUGCCUUAUUUGCCAAAAUUUUCCGAAAGCCGUCCUCAUCAUCGGCGAAGAAAAGUUCGGCGGUUGUAGGAGGAGGUGCUGACAUGACGCAGGAGAACAUCUACGAGGACAUAUCGGGACUACUGAAAGCUGGCAGCGGUGGCAGCGCCAGUGCCAGGGUUAGACAGCAGCUUGCUCUUACAGACACUGCCGCCCAUCAUUCCCCUACAGCAGCAGGUAAUGGGAGCAGCAGCAGCUUGGUGUUUGGUGCGGCAACUCCGGUCGGUGCCAUUAACAGGAUCGGGACCAUCGCCCACAGCCCUUCGGCUGCAGGUCCCAGUAGUGUGUCCGGUAGCCGCAUUCGUAGGCUUCGCUCCUCCGAAGACGACAAGGAUGAUGAUGAUGAGGACGACGAGGAAGGUGGCUUUACGAUCGCCACUGAGUGGAACUGGGUGGAGAAGCAGCACGAACGCGUGAUGAGAGAGUUGAACCUCUCGGUCGAGCGACUCAUUAUGCCCACGCAAUACGAACAAAAGGUGGUCAAGAAGGGAAUUAAGGAAACCGGCGGUGUAUUGGGGCACAUGACAGUUGCCUACCAGUCGGUGGACGAUUCUAUGUGCAACCCGUACGCAAUAGAAGAGAUUCCCUCCCCCUCCCAUCGCUGGAUGGGGAAGAAGCCUGUCGAAGGUAUGGGCUCGUCGAUGAUAGUUUCGAUGCCGCCACCACAACAAUCGCCAACACCUUCGCUGCCCUCGUUGCCAGCGUUGCCAGCGUUGCCAGCGGUGGAGCGUCAUUCGCCGACGGUAUCUUACGGAAAGUCGUACGGUGACGUGGACAGCGGUAUCAGCAGCAGCAGCACCAGUGGCACCAGCUAUACGAGCAACAUCCUCUAUCGCAACAACCCAAACUACCCGCAGCAGCAACAACAACAAGGGGGGGCCGCCGCCGUCGACAUCCCGCAAGCCACCGCUUUCCGGUUAUCGCUGGCCGCACAACAGCAGCAGCGGCGGCACGAUAACACACGCACGGGGUACUUUAAGACAAAGUAG